AGAAUGCUUGCAAGAAUUGGAGCUGCACGGGUGCUGUCUGAGAUAUUAAAAAGAAUCCUUACACACACACACACCGCUCCCCGUGCCCACGCGCAUGUUACAAUUCUUUCAGAAUUCAGUGUGUGUGUGUCUAUGUGUUUAACUGUUUUAUAUCUGGAUUCUUCAUCAUAUCCGCUGAAGUAUUACUCUACUGACCUAUUUUAAUCUGGGGUUGGAUGGUGCCUUUGCGGAGACAGAGACAGGAUGGACAAAUUCCUGGUGAAGGGGGCUUUCCACCACCGUUUGGGGAAGGGUGAGGAGAGAAGCUUGCGGGAGGAACAAGAUCAGACAGGUGAAGACGCCGCUGUGUUGAGAGGAGAGGAGGGAAGCUCUAGGAAAAGGCCCAGGAGAGACACUGCAGAGGAUGGAGUCCACUCAGCAGGCCCCCGCUGGCGCCAUAUUCGGGCUCAGGACCUAGACUGCGAUUACACUGUCCUGUUUGGCAGAGCUGAGGCAGAUGAGAUUUUCCAACAGUUGGAGAAAGAAGUGGAAUAUUUUACAGGGGAACUGGCCAGGGUGCAGAUGUUUGGAAAGUGGCAUGAUGUGCCAAGGAAGCAGGCAACUUACGGCGAUGCUGGGGUGACCUACUCAUUUUCAGGCCUCACUCUGUCUCCGAAGCCCUGGAUCCCAGUCCUAGAGCGUGUCCGGGAUCGUGUUUCUCAGCUGACUGGACACACCUUCAACUUUGUGCUCGUCAACAGGUAUAAAGACGGGCGUGACCACAUUGGCGAGCACCGAGAUGACGAGCGAGAACUGGAUCCCAGGAUCCCUAUCGCCUCUGUCUCCUUCGGUGCCUGCAGGGACUUCUUCUUCCGGCAUAAGGAUUCUCGAGGGAAGAGACCCUCCCAGCGGGUGGACAUGGUCAGGCUCCAGCUGGCCCAUGGCAGUUUACUGCUGAUGAAACCCCCAACCAACACCCAUUGGUAUCACAGUCUCCCCGUGCGAAAGAAGAUUCUGGCUCCACGGGUCAAUCUGACAUUUCGUAAAAUUCUGCCUACUAAAAAGUAAAAACUUUUUGAACCGUUA